UGGCGCCAUGGCGCAGAGUCGUGUUACCGAUUUCUAUGCGUGCCGUCGCCCGGGCCUUACUGCUCCGCGGGCCAAGUCGACCUGCCUCACCCCGAGUCCCAGUGGGCUCGUGACCCCCGAGGUCUCCCGGAGCAGCAGCCGUAAGCGUGCCCGUCCCCACGCCGAACCCAGGAGCGAUCAGCCCUCGCCGCCCGCUCGCCGGAGGUUGCGGCUGCCUGGAUUGGACUCCUGCCCCAGUGCCCCAGCUGAGCCCAGCUCUCCAGCUGACCCUGGCCCCCCAGCACACCCAUCCCCCGUCAAGAGAAUAAAGAGUGCCAGUGUUUCAGACGGCCCAGGCCUUUGUGCCACAGCUCAACAGCGGGACAAGGUACCUUCAGAGGAUUCCAUCUCAGAGCUCAAGUCCUGCCUGAGGCGGGCACGGAAGUUGGGAGCCCAGGCUCGAGCCCUAAGGGCUAGAGUCCAGGAGAAUGCUGUGGAGCCUUGUACCCCAGAUGCCAAGGUGCCCACAGAGGAACCAUGUGUGGAGAAGGUCCCUGCCUACCAGCGCUUCCAUGCCCUGGCCCAGCCUGGUCCCCCGGGCCUCGUCCUCCCCUACAAGUAUCAAGUGCUGGCCGAGAUGUUCCGCAGCAUGGACACCAUCGUGAGCAUGCUUCACAACCGCGCCGAGACGGCCACCUUUGCUAAAGUCAAGCAGGGCGUUCAGGACAUGAUGCGCAAGCGCUUUGAGGAGCGCAACGUGGGCCAGAUCAAGACCGUGUACCCCACGUCCUACUGCUUCCGCCAGGAAUGCAACGUCCCCACUUUCAAGGACGGCGUCAAGAGAUCUGAUUACCAGCUCACCAUAGAGCCCUUGUUGAAUCAGGAGACUGGCGGUGGUGUCACACAGCUCACUGCCACGUGCCUCCUGCAGCGCCGGCAGGUCUUCCGGCAGAACCUGGUGCAGCGGGUCAAGGAGCAUCACAAGGCUUUCCUUGCUUCAUUGAACCCCCCUAUGGCCGUGCCCGAAGACCAGCUAACACGCUGGCACCCGCGCUUCAAUGUGGAUGAAGUGCCUGAUAUUGAGCCAGCUGACUUGCCCCAGCCUCCUGUCUUGGAGAAGCUCACCACUGCCCAGGAGGUUUUGGCCCGUGCCCGCAGCUUGAUGUCACCCAAGAUGGAGAAGGCCUUGAGUAACCUGGCCCUGCGCUCAGCGGAGCCUGCUAGCCCUGGCUCCUCUAGUCUAGCGCUCCCAGCCACCCCACCAGCCACCCCACCUGCUGCCACUUCCAGUGCCCUCAAGGGUGUGUCACAAGCCCUGCUGGCACGGAUAAGGGCCAAGGAGGUCCAGAAGCAGCUAGCACAGAUGACGCGGUGCCCGGAGCAAGAGCUUCGGCUGCAGAGGUUAGAGCGCUUGCCAGAGCUGGCCCGCGUGCUGCGUGGUGUCUUCGUGUCCGAGCGUAAGCCGGCACUCACAAUGGAGGUGGUCUGUGCAAGGAUGGUGGACAGUUGCCAAGCUGCCCUGAGCCCAGGGGAGAUGGAGAAGCACCUGCUGCUCCUGGCCGAGCUGCUGCCAGACUGGCUCAGCCUGCAUCACAUUCGAACUGACACCUACAUCAAGCUGGAUAAAGCUACUGACCUGGCUGGCCUCACUGCGAGGCUGGCCCACCAGGUCCACACCGAGAGUCUGUGACUCGCACUCAUCGCCUGACUGCCUGUUCCUUUCAUCAGUACAACCCACUUAAGCUUCGCUCUCCACAUCUCAGGCCCAAGGGCCUACCGCCAGUAUGGGCAGCUGCUGUGCCCAUGGAUCUUGUAAAGUGGUGUUGGUGUUAAACUGGCUUCUGAGCCUUUGGUGUACCCUAGCCCCAGCACUUGUGGAGUGUUGGGGAAGUACGCUGGGAGAGCAGGGUAUGUUGGCUGUCCAUCCCACAAGCUACUCAAGGCUAGUUCUGGGUACUGUCAAGAUCAAGGUCCAGGUGGAAGCCCUGGGCCUGCCUAGCCUUGUUCCUCCAUGCUCCUGACAGCUGCUGUCUUGCUUAGAGCCCGAAGGACACACACAGAACUUGAACUUCUGGCCAAAUUUCCCAAGGAUGAUAAUUGAGUGGCUGAGUGAUAUUGGGCCUUUUAUAUUUAAUGAAGUUAUCUUUAUAGGUUUUGAGAUCAAGAUUUUUGUGGUUUGUUUUGAAUUUAACCUUCUAUACCUGUAUGGCCCUGGAUAUGACUGUUAGUCUUGGCUUUUUGUAAAGUCAUCUAAGAUUUAAAUAAAA